AUUGACUGGUCGAUGUUCGAGUUCAAAUCGAUUUACGGUCACACAAACGCUCGUUAAUCGUCGAGUUUUAAACGGUUUUUUUUCGUUUCGCGUUCCAUUUCCAAACCGUCGUCGUCGUCGUCGUAAUCGUCGAUGGCGGCGCGAGUUGGCCGUCCCCGCCCGGUGCGCCAUGUUUACGCUUGGUUUGGGGUUGAAGUUGGCAAGAAGUAAGCAAACCGGGAAAAUAAAAUAACACACUGUCCACCGACCGGUGGAGUAAAAAUGGCACACAACAACAGCAGAACUUACGAACAAUAACCCUUUUGUGGAAGGGAAGGCUCGUGGGGGACAGACAGUGUACGCUGUAUGCUGUGCCGCACUUAAUUAAGAGCUGACAAAUGGAUGGAAAAAAGCAAUAAAUAAAUGUUUGAAACAAUUGUAAUUGAUCAAACGCAUUAACGGCGAGUAUGGCGAUCAUGUGGAAUUUAAACUAACAGCAAAAAAGAAACAAACCAUUUUGCUAAUAGAUUGUUUGCGGAGCGUUAACAAGCGUUGAAAAAAAAGAAAUGGUAUGAAGAGGAGGAAGAAUUGCUGGAAUUGGAACUGGAGACCAAAGCAACUGUUGAUAUGGAUGCUUUAAAGAGAUGUGGACAAGCUGAUGAAUUAGUAUGAGUCGGUAAUUCGCAUCUCAGUGACAUUAUCAGCUUGGAUUCAAAUCUCUUUAGCUUCUCUCUCUAGAAGUUGUGAUGGAUUGAUUUUCUCUGCCCAAAUUGAGUAAGAAAGCCAAGCUUGUUGAAAUUGAUCGAACUUUGUUUGUUGAGAUAUUCUCGAGGUUCACAGCUGUCAAAAAUUAAAAAAUGUUCUGUUAUCUCUCAAUAGGUCUCUCAACAUGGAUGUUCUCUAAAAUAAACCGGUCUUCUUUAAGGAGAGAAGUCUUGCUCUAUAUAAUGUCUGGCACGGCAUUCUUUGAUUUGGGUUGUUACCCGGCUUGAUUUGAGAGGCGCCCCCCCUGGCCUUGUUUAAAUUUUUGUCUAACGUCCAGAAAUCCUAUACGGAUCUAUCAAUAGUUCUCGAGACCAGUCUCCUCUAUCAUUUCUCCAAAUCCUGUGUAGAUGUUUGCUAGAAUUUAUCAUCAGCAUCUCUCAUGAUCUCACUACAUGUGUGUACUCUGUACGUGAAAACUUGUUGUGCGGGCAAAUUUCGACUUCUCCACUACUAGGAACGUAUUUCGUUUCCCCCUUAUCAUUUACAUAUUUCUAUUUUCAACGCAGUCUGUAGUAAGUACACACUGACGAUGGCGUUCCCGGCCAACGAUAAAGUGGCGCUUGUGUUUGCAACAGCGAAAUAAACACGCUGGCCAAACUAACAUUUUUUAUCGUCUGCUGUUUCGUUCAGCUUGUCUCGCGUCUCACGACCGCACGACCACAAGUAUAUAGAGCAAAAAGCUAACAGCGAAACACAUGCGAGCAAGGAAAAGAUAAGCAGUCAGCAGAGUCCGCGAGCAAUAGGAGUCGCUGGUGCCCAAUGAUGAUUACUUUGGGUCGAGCCGUAACUUGAUCUGAUCGUUGAAAUGUUUGACCCAUUUGUUUCCGUUCCUGUGGCUUUCAAAUUGACCGUUCGUUCGCGCAUUCGUCUCAGUUUCCGUCUUUUCGCUGGUGGUUGCGUUUCUGGGGCCGUUAAUAGGGGUGUCCCCCUUCAAGCAAAUGGGAAACGGACACACUUUAUUAUAUUGUGUCUAAAAUGACAAAUAGUGUGUGAACCCUCGAUCGCGAGCUUCCCCCCAAUAGGUUACGACAUUUGAUUAGCUCGGUAUGAUAUAAAUAAAAAUAAAUUGGAUACAUUUCUGGAGCUUCCCAGUCUUGAAGACUGGAGGUUUCGCUUGUUUGAUAUCAGAUAUGGAACCGUGAAACAAAUACCACACUUGAUAGGCACUUGCGGGCGGAUGUAGAAAUGUAGUACGCCAUUCCUUGGAGGGUUGGAAAUGUCAAACUGCGGUUUUACACUUGCUUUACUGACAAACGUUUGACGCAGCUUGACCUUUCGUUGUGGUUGUUUUUUGGGUUCAUUUGUGAAAGAACUUUUGUGUGUUUUUUAUUUUUGCCAUUCAAAUUUCCUAUUUGUUUGCAGUUCAUUCGUUGAUGGAAAAGGAAACAACACUACUCGGGAUAGCUCGAAACAUCCGUCCUGUUUAGCAGACAGAGUGUUAAGCAUAACAAUAGCAUGACUCUGAUAUUUUCAGACGUUCUGGUGUGAUGUUUUUCACAAAAACCUGCUCUGCUAUUCAUGGCACCGCCCUUCUGAUGAAGCAUCUGAAGAGCAUAAACUCGUCCCAGUCGUCUCACUCAUGCUAGAACAAAGAACACAUUCGUCCGGACAUGAUCCACGCCAGGAAAUAUACAUCUUUAUCUCCGAAAAAAAAAGGAAGUCGCCAACUAAGUCGCUCCUGAUGUGCGCACGUCGGUGGUGGUAGCUGAUUCAGCAACACUGAUUAUGCGUUGUUCAAUAUCUGCCCAAGGCGACGGCCGGCUGUGUGUCGUGCGGAUCAGAAAUACGCGGACCAACCGUGUAUAGGCUUGCUUCGUACCAUCGCAUGGAAAAGCUUCCGCCAAACAUCCGCCAUGCUUUUGGCGCCAUGUCCCGUAAUUGUUAUUUGUUUUGCUGCGGCAUCCCCAAGGGAUGGCACGAAUUUCUACGAAUGGAUUCGCAUGUGGGCGUGUGGAGGAGAUGUUUUGGAUAGCUUUGGGUGGCGCCAAUUCGUUCGGUUCGUGGCCAAUUUCCCGGGAAAGUUUUUUUUUCGAUCAUACGGUAAGGUCGUAGGGUUAAGAUGUGGAUUGAUAGCAGUAGUCUCCGUGCACUGUCGUACGGUGUGAUGGUUUGGGACAGUACACAGAAUUAUGUCCUUGCUAUUGGGCAAAUUGUUUACGUGUCGUCAGCUACAGAAUUCGGCGGAAUUGAAUGUUCAGGACGAGUGCGUUGCUGACAGUCAACGCAACAAAAUUGAGACUAUUCACGAAUGAAGUCACACGUCUUGGUGAGGGUAUUAAAGCUUGAGCAGCGGACAUUUCAUUGUGUUCAAAAUUAAUUUCUUGAAGCCCGCUAUGUGCAACAUACAGGGUUCACCGAUAGAUAGCAUACGGCGAGCAUACCUUAGCGGUUCGCGCAAACGUUUAAGAUAUCUGAGGCCAUCGAUAGCGAUUCGCAUGUACAAUUAGCGACUGGCCCAAAAUGGAUAGCGAUUCGCGUGCACACUUUAGUGAAUGUCAGAAUUCGGCGCGGUUUGAAAAUGUAGGUUUAUAUGACCCAGGUUGAGUAGUCGAGAUUUGAAAAAAAUCGUUUAAAUUUCAUUUUUUAUGUAAUUGGAAAGUUUUUGCACACAAAAGUGGUGUGAAAAUUAAUGUUCAUUAUCAUAAAGCAUAAAUUUAUUGAUUUUCAGCGUUGGUUAAAAAAAUAAUAACAAAACUAUGUGAAACAUGAGAAGAACAGCCAUGUGGAGAAUUCAAACAUGGAUGUAUAUACACGAAUUCAAAAUUGAUGCGCUCACGAAAAAAAAUCCGUUCAGGUAAUGAAAAUAUUUAGCAUAUUGGUCCAGCAACCGAAGCGUUCACAGUUUUACCAAACGAUUAACAAUCAGAGCAUCAUUUGCGGUAUAAUUAUACAUUCCUUCGUUGUUUUUGGUUUUGGCAAUCAUCCUUUUAAAGGUACGAAUUUCAGCACAAUUAAAAAGUGCUACAACUAGAAUUCUCAUUGAAUUUGAGUGUUUUCUAGGUGUUUGGCUACGAUAGGAGCUCUUGCUUGUUGAAGUGCGCCCGUGCAACAUUUUUCUUGUCGGUAAAUUUGUUUUAUUAACGCACCGUGAAAGAAUACAAUAUGAAUUCCAGCCAAAGCUCUGUACAAGAGGAAAAUGCAAGCUGCGCUAUGCAAGCACCUCGCCGCCGAAAAACUACCAGCAACGAAGAUAGAGAGCGCUUGGUAACGGCGUAUGAAAACGGAGGCACUGCAGCUACGAUUAGCGAAAUGUUUAAUUUGAAAAAACCGACUGUCCAUGGCAUCAUCAAAAAAUACCAAACCCAAUGGCAAAUCGAGGCAAAGAAGCGUGGUGGCAACAGAUCUAAACUAUUGUCGCAGCAAGCCGUAAAUGAUGUUCGGAACUGGGUCGACGAGGACUGCACGGUGACGCUUAAAGCACUCGCAGAGAAAGUGUUCGAACAACACGGUGUUCGAGUUUCGUCCACAACCACAGCGAGGGAAAUAAAAGGAUUCAACUACUCUCUGAAGAUGGUCAAACUGUUACCGGAGGGACGCAACACACCAACGACUGUCGAAGACAGGAAACAUUACGCUACACAAUUUUAUGAAAUUGCGCGCGGAAUUCCGGAUAAUGGUUUAAUCUAUUUAGACGAAGUAGGAUUUAACGUCCGUAUGCGUACGCUAAAAGGACGAUCGCAGAGAGGAACACCGGCCACCAUCACCGUUCCACAGUUAAGGACUAGGAACAUCUCCAUCAUUUGUGCUAUGCAUCGGUACGGCGUGCUGCUUUACACCACACACACUCGAUCCGUAAACCGUGAACGGUUUAUACAGUUUAUUGAAGAACUAAAGCAAACCCUGCGAUCGAAGAACAUUAACAGCAGCUACUUUAUAAUGGAUAAUGUAGCUUUCCACAAAACACCCGCAGUAAGAGUUGCAAUCGGAAAUGAUAGCGACAAACCUUUAUAUCUACCACCCUACUCACCAUUCCUUAAUCCUAUUGAAAAUCUUUACAGCCAGUGGAAGAAUUUUGUGAGGCGAAGCAAUCCUUCAAAUGAGAAUCAAUUGAUGCAAGCGAUUCGGAAUGGAUCCAGGCUAAUAACCGCACAGGAUUGCGAUGGCUACAUUUCGAAAAUGUGGCAAUACAUGACACAUUGAGUUGUUUGAGGGGCGAAGAAAUUUUAGAUUUAGUUAUGUAUAAAUAUAUAUAAGAUUAGAAAGUAAGAUUUUAGUUUUAAUGUGUAACAUAUUGUACUGACGAUGCUUAAAAAGAUGAAAUGUAAAUAAUGCUGCCGGACGAAUUAAAA